AUGUAUUGUGAGAGGUUUAUAUGCAUCCUGAGAAUACUUGGAACCACACUCUUUGGGGUGUCCCUCCUGCUAGGAAUCACCGCUGCUUACAUUGUGGGCUACCAGUUCAUCCAAACAGACAACUACUACUUCUCCUUUGGACUCUAUGGUGCUAUCCUGGCAUCACAUCUCAUCAUCCAAAGCCUGUUUGCCUUCCUAGAGCACAGGAAAAUGAAGCGGUCGCUAGAGACUCCAAUCAAACUGAACAAAACAGUUGCCCUUUGUAUUGCUGCCUAUCAAGAGGAUCCUGACUACUUAAGAAAAUGUUUACUUUCUGUGAAAAGAUUGACCUACCCUGGAAUUAAAGUUGUUAUGGUCAUUGAUGGGAACUCAGAAGAUGAUGUUUACAUGAUGGACAUUUUUACUGAAAUCAUGGGUAGGGACAAAUCUGCCACUUAUAUCUGGAGUAAUAACUUCCAUGACAAAGGUCCGGGUGAGACGGAGGAGUCUCACAGAGAAAGCAUGCAACAUGUAUCUCAGCUGGUCCUGUCCAACAAAAGUGUUUGCAUCAUGCAGAAAUGGGGUGGAAAAAGAGAAGUCAUGUACACAGCAUUCAAAGCACUGGGGAGAAGCGUGGAUUAUGUACAGGUCUGUGAUUCAGACACAAUGCUUGAUCCAGCCUCAUCAGUGGAAAUGGUAAAGGUUUUAGAAGAAGAUCCAAUGGUUGGAGGAGUUGGAGGUGAUGUGCAGAUUUUGAACAAAUAUGAUUCUUGGAUCUCCUUUCUGAGCAGUGUGAGAUACUGGAUGGCAUUUAACAUAGAGAGAGCCUGUCAGUCCUAUUUUGGCUGUGUACAGUGCAUCAGUGGACCUCUGGGGAUGUACAGAAACUCUUUACUCCAUGAAUUUGUGGAAGACUGGUACAAUCAAGAAUUUAUGGGCUCCCAGUGCAGCUUCGGAGAUGACAGGCAUCUAACUAACAGAGUGCUAAGUUUGGGCUAUGCAACAAAAUACACAGCUAGAUCCAAGUGCCUUACCGAAACACCGAUAGAGUAUCUCAGAUGGCUGAAUCAGCAGACUCGCUGGAGUAAAUCCUACUUUAGAGAGUGGCUUUAUAAUGCAAUGUGGUUCCACAAGCACCAUUUGUGGAUGACCUAUGAAGCCGUAAUCACUGGAUUCUUUCCUUUCUUCCUUAUUGCCACAGUCAUUCAGCUCUUCUACAGGGGAAAAAUCUGGAACAUCCUCCUCUUCUUAUUGACAGUUCAGUUAGUGGGCCUGAUAAAGUCUUCCUUUGCCAGCUUCCUUAGGGGCAACAUUGUCAUGGUUUUCAUGUCACUCUACUCAGUGUUGUACAUGUCAAGUUUACUGCCAGCAAAGAUGUUUGCAAUUGCCACGAUAAACAAAGCAGGGUGGGGCACAUCAGGAAGAAAAACCAUUGUAGUUAAUUUUAUAGGACUCAUUCCAGUCUCCAUUUGGUUUACAAUCCUCCUAGGUGGCGUGAUUUUCACUAUCUACAAGGAAUCAAAAAAGCCAUUUUCUGAGUCAAAACAGACAGUUCUCAUCAUUGGCACAAUACUCUAUGCAUGUUACUGGGUUAUGCUUUUGACUUUGUACUUGGUUCUUAUCACCAAAUGUGGCAGGCGGAAGAAAGAGCAACACUAUGACAUGGUGCUAGACGUAUGA